UUUUUCCUUCUUUCUUUUCCGACAUCGAACCAGCGUGCACGUACUUUUGGGUAAAAAUGAAUCCAGUUACCGGUUUGGAAAGUGUAUUAAACGAGGCCAGCUUCAUGAACGGAACGGCCUGCAUAGCCGUUUACCCUUGCGAAAAGGAUCAAGAGACCGGAGAACAUAAGGUGCUGCAACCGCCUGAUGGAUUUCAAAUGAUUCCCGUUCCCAUUGAACCUGGCGAAACAAAUCACGCAUUUUGCGUUCGGCUGGGCUCAUUGCUCAACGGACCGUUGUUCAGCGGAGGAGCAACGCUCCUUAGCGCCGCGCUUAUUUAUAGGCGUACAGUUGCACUGGCAGAAGAACCAGCUGCCGCUCCGGUGGAGCAGUAGAUGCUGCACGGCUCAGCCAAUACAAACAAUACAAAUGUUGCACCACUAAAAACCGACGGGCACAGCAAUGCCUAACAACAACACAUGGCCAAGCCGAUUUCCAGUGAAUUCUAUACGAAGUACAACCUAGGCCAGCGCCUGUCCCCACUUUUUGCCGCAGACCAUUGGCAAACGACCAAAAGGUGCGACACAGACAUCAUACCAUAAAACCAAACAUAAAUAUAAACUCUAGUCAUUCCCAAUAAAAUGCAACAUUUGUUUACAUAAAC